AUGGAUAAAACUCGAAAACAUCUUUUUGCUUGUUCAAUGUUCCCCAUUUGUGUUGAUCGCACGUUGAAUUAUCUUGUUCCCGAAAUCAUUUAUCAUCAUCACAACGAUAUUGACGUCGAAAAGGAACCGAAGAAGGACAUGUACAUGAGAAAAGGGGGCGCUAUCCGUGAAAAACGACAACGCACAGUUAUUGAGCGCACUGUCAUCAAUAAUUACGGAGGACGUGGAUUUGGUCGACAGCCAUUUGGUAAUCAGUACGGACCAGGAGCUGGAGGAUUCAAUCAAGGUCUUGGACAUAACGGUUGGGGAGGAUUUAACCGAGGUCCGUUUGGAGGUCCACCUCCACCUCAGACAGUUGUGAAGACGACUGUAAUCAGACAAGGAUGA